AAUUACUUGAAUAAAAAUAAGAGGUUUGUUAUUUCUGAGUACUAGGAUACUUUUGAUAUUAUGGUUUAAAUAGUCAAUAAAUAGUGUUCCUUUAAAUAUUUAUAAUUUCAGAGGUAGUUAUGUUUUUUAAAGUAUAGAAAUCCGAGUAUAUUGACCAGUUUUAUUUCAAUUCCAUUUCUUUUUAUUACUUUAAAGAAGUUUCAAAGUAUUAAGUUUUAAAGUGUUUAUAAAAUUAAUGGGUAAUAAAUUAUAAUACACUCGUAUCACGUUGUUUCAUCUAUUGUUUAUGUAACAGGAAUAACGGGAAUGAUAACUCGUAUAUUUCAAUCAAUAUUUAAUGUUAUUGUUAUGUUACAAACUAAAAAAACGACAAUUCACAGUUUAAUUUUGAAUUUAAACAAUCGUCCACAGGUUAUAAUAACUUUUUUGUUGCUCCACUUCUGCACAAAAAGUUAACAGACGCGUGCCUCAAGCGGGUGGCUCUAGCGCUCGCACAACAGGAGCUCAAUUUUGAAUCUCUCGCCUUGCCUCGAACGCUCGAUUAUUGAUAAUUUUCAUUCGACAUAAUAAAUUCCCUAUUUUUGAAUCGCUCGAGUGCAACGAAUGGGUGAGCCCAAUCGUUUCAUGGCGAAUGGUUGAAGCAAAUGAUAGAAUAAUUGUGAAUUUGUGUCAGAUGUCACGUGUCAAACUUAAUUCACUUUUGCAGUUUAUCCCGUGCUUACGAUUAGUUUCUUUUACUAUAAUCUAUCCUUGUCAUACUUUAUAUGAAACGACAAGGGCAGACUGAUGUCAAGUGUCGUCUUCUUUUAUUAUGGCAUGACGGCUAAUGCAUGUCAAGUUUACAAACAGCAAUCACGAAUAGCUAAGUGAAGUGCCGUCAUAAAAAACGACAAAAUAUAAUUGUAGUAUACAGCCAUGUACUGAGAAUGUUUUGUACCGUUUUCUUUUCGGUAAUUACCGGUUGUUAUUUUUGCUGCGUAAAAUGAAUAAAAUUUUAUAGUUCGUAUUAAACUGGUAACACCGGUGACGAACGAUUCAAAAAUACGGAAUAUCAAAGUCGAUGGUGACUUAUGCCACAAUCGACGAUAUUAUGUCAGGUGAGUAAUUCAAAAAUAGAGCUCCCGAUCCCGGUCCAAGAUAUUGUGUCCGUGAGGGGGCGUCCAUGUGUGCGUUGCUCGAGCGCACUUUGUAUGUAGAUUGAAUAGGGAUGAUGACUAAUUUUUUUUCUUCGUUUAUCAGGUAGAUUAUUAAAAAGUAUUGGAUAUGUAUUUUUUCUUUUUUCACACAAUAUAAACAUUGCAGAGAUAUAAUGAUUUGAAAAGUCGCAUGACGUCACGUUUGAGGACACUUAUAAGUGAAAAUUCACUCAAAAGUGACGUCACGAGCCCCUACUCCCAAACUUUGACGCGCUAUAACUUUGUCAUUUUUUGGUUGAUUGCCCAAAGAAAAAAUAAGUGUCCAUUAUUUUUUGAUCAUCUAACUGACGGACUAAAUAGAAUUUCGUUUACUGUACCCCGUCACCCCUAUUCUGUACCUACCUGUUUUGUGCCCCUGCCCAAACUAAUGUGCUGUUUAGAAUUUUUAUUUUUUAAAGCAUGUAACUGCUUGAUGUUUAAAUCUAAAUGUGCUGUUUAUUUGCAAUUAGCAAUCUUCAAAAAAGUAUAAUUGACACAUAAUAGUAUUAUCUUUUUAAUUGUAUUUAUAUGAGUUUUGAAUUAUUAAACAUAGUUCUAAUAAUAAACAGACAUAGUGAUAUCGAUUCUGGCAUGAUUCUCUAAAGCUAAACUUAAAUUUGACAACAGUGCAUCCUUGUCAUUCUCUAUACAGAAUGAAAAGGAGAGACUGAUGUUAAAUUUAGUUUUAAGUUUAGAGAAUCACGCUAGAAUCUACACCACUUUAUUGCUAAAAUAUCUACAUAGGUACCUUUCAAAAUAUCUACAUUUAGAACCCUGCGUACAUCCGAACAGGCUAUAAAUAUGGAUGUUCGGCUUAUAGAGGUCAUACUGAAGUCAUUUCGUCUAAGUAUAUUGGUACUAUUAUUAUCGGAAACACUGGAAAAUUUGCGUGUAUUCCCAUUAAAUUCCCAAUAUUCCCGAGAACAAAACACAUCACUAACGACUGCCGACUCCAAAUAAACUUGAGUCAGGUCUCAAGGUCGCUAUACCACAAACACUUGAAACUUAACAUUGAAUCUAUUCUCAGAACUAUUGAAAAUGUGUUGUUUGUUACAAGAGCCUUUGUUAGACAUGGGCGUUUUUGGUUUUGAACGCAAACGGAUAUAUAUCGGAUUUCAGAUUUAAAAAUCGAUUUCAAAAUCCGUUUUUAGAUAUCCGAUUUCAGAUGUGCCUAACUUAGCCAAUUCACUAGUUUGCGUUAAGAUUUGGUUUUAUUAGCUAAAAAAACGGGCAAUGACUUCUUUUUACAAAUUUUUUAGUAUUUUUUUUUUGAUGAAUUUUAUUUUUCUGUUUGUUUUUAUUAUUUUUCAAACCAUUUACAAAAUCAAACCUAAUUCCUUCAGGUUAGGAUUCAUAAAUGUAAGUUGCUCGACUUUUGAUGUUUUUAGUGAUAAAUAAUCUCGCCUUAGAGAAGAGCAACAGAUUUCCUUAAACAACAAACCGAAAUCGGACUUCCGAAAUUUGCGCCAUCUUUUUUACUCCGCUUUGUUACGAUUGGUAAGAAAGAGACAAAGAAAUUCACUUUCUCUCUUUCUAACCAAUCGCUACAUAGCGGAGAAAAAAAGAUAGCAUGAAUUUCGAAUCCGAUUUACAUUUGGAUACUUAUGAUGGUAUUAGAUCGCUGGCGUUUUGGUUCGGUUAGAUUUCUGAAAUCGGAUUUUCUUGUUGAGAAAUCGUUCGGUAUCGAUUUGUGUUUGAAAUCGGAUUUUGGAUUCGUUUUGAUAUAUCGGACGCAUGCCUAGCCUUUAGUUAGGUCCAUAAGAAAAUAGUAAUCAGUCAGGCCAAUUAACUUGAGUUUGAGCCUUGUCGAUACUGUAACUUUAUUUGCAGUGGGAAUAGUCAUCAUUCAUCUACACAUACAACUUAAAUCCGUUGUUGAAAAAAACUCAAAAUACCUACUAUAGUGUAUUUACAUAUUCCGCCUUUUCCAGUACUAAUAGACCCAUGCAAUGAUGCAACCAUAGUGACCCAGAAUGCAUGCACAGGUUGGCCGAUUUUUUGUUCAGCAAGACGAGCAUAAGCAUGCCAGAGUAUGGUAUGGUACCAAUAGAUCCGUUGGAAUUAAAACAAGUGACUGACGCCAAUACAGGUUCUGAUAUUGUCAUUAAUUUUGAGAACAUUAUGAUAAUAGGAUAAAAAAGCAGCCAAGUGCGAGUUGGACUCGUCCAUGAAGGGUACCGUAGCAGCAAGUAACAUAAUAAAUUCUUGUAGUUCGUUGUAACUUUGAUCGAUGUUUUAAUAAUAGUGUUUUUUUUUUUUAUUAAGUUAUUGUUAAGUUUACGUUAUGGUUUACUGUUUAUGCAUAAGGUUUAUAUUUAUAUUUUUUAAUCUUUCUAUUUGAUUUGAUUGAAUGAAAGGUAAACUACUGACUAGAUCUAGUUCAAAGCAAUUUUCGGUGGAAGUUUGGAUCAUUCAUCAUUUUUUUAAGUUUAUCAUUCUCUUAUAUUGGAAGUAUUGUAGCUUAGAAAAAAAAAUACAAUUCUUAAUAUCAUUUUUGAAGACCUAUACAUAGAUAACCCACAAGUAUGGGUUUGAUGAAAAAAAAAUAGUAUCAGUCCUAGUAUGAGGUACCCCUAAAAUUUAUUGUUUGUUUUUCUAUUUUUGUUUUCAAUUAAGUUUCAACAGUAUAGUUUCGGAAAAAGUGGCUGUGACAUACGGACGGACAGACAGACAGACAUGACGAAUCCAUAAGGGUUCCGUUUUUUGCCAUUUGGCUACGGAACCAUAAAAAUGAGAAAACGAGAGAUUUUCAGUAAGUAUUCUACCAUUUUUAGGGUACCUACCUACUUAGUAGUUAACAAGAAAAUAUCUGACGGAUAUACACGGCCUGUCUUUUUCGUCGUGUUUGACCACUGCUUCCAUUGCAAGCAAAUACAACUGGCUACCGCCGCGGUCGCAGGCCGCAAUUCACCCUAACCGCUGUUCUUCCAUAUGACCGCAUCUAUACUGACAGAUUCUUUGUACUAGGAAAUUUAAAUUCGGAGUUCUUACAAAUGCUGAAUACAUUAGGGUCUUAGAUUACAGAACAAAAGGCAGAUGGAAAAUACUGAACCGUUAUUCCACGUUACCUCGUGCCUACAUUUUGACAUUAGUGAUGGAUAUUCAUGUUUACUAUAAUACACUCCCGGACACCUAAAUCGAGUCACCUUGAUUUUUUUGGUUUGGAGUACUGUAACUUAUAAAAGAUGUAUGUAGAAGGAAAAUGUUUUGAUGCAGUUUUGGAGCUGGUAUACUCAUCAUUCAUUUAGAGUGCCACGGUUCUAAAUUUGAACUACAAUUUAUUAAAAAAGUCGAGUUACGUUGAAACAAGUCCAUAUUUGCUUUUUUCACGGAAAAAAAUCUAAUCGAUUUUUAAAUAAAGACAUGUUUUACAUGAAAAGAAAUGUUUAUUUAGUAACUUGUAUUGCCUCCCAGUGCAUUUAUGACAGCCCUCAUAUGGUUUGGCAUAGAAUUAAUCAAUGUCGUUAUGACAUGUUGAGGAAUGUCCUCCCAUUCUUCCAAAAUUACAUUUUUGAGCUCCUGCAUGGUUUGCGGGGCAGGAUGAUGAGCUCAAACACGCCUCUUCAGCUCAUCCCAUAGAUGCUCUUUAGGAUUCAUAUCAGGACUUCGCGCUGGCCAUCUCAUAACAGUGAUACCAAUGUCAUUUAAGUACUCCCUGACGGUUCCCGCAGUAUGGGCCCUUGCAUUAUUCUUCAAUUCAUCUAAUCUACUAUGGUAUUAGUAGGGAACGUGUUAAGAGCUAUCUUUCAAUAUCAUUUCUUACAUCCAUUGCAAAAAUUAUUAAAAAAAUAUAAAUAAACGACAAAGGAAUCAUAAUAACCAAAAAGCAUAAAUUUUUGUAAUCUCCAUAUAGUUUUCAACCGAAAAAUCUUCAGAAAAUGCGCUCGUAAAACUAAUUUAUGUAGUAGUUAAAACUUCAUACAAUAAAAAAUAAAUCUUCAGGGUUUUCCUUUACUUAGCGAAAGCUUUCGACACGCUGUUCUACGCUGACCCUACCACAAAACUUGCACUCUUUAGGAAUCCGAGUUCUACCUUUUGAAUUACUUCGCAGUUGUCUGCCCUCGGGCUCAGAUAAUCAAAAUUGAUAGUUUAUACAGCUUCAAACUUUCGAUAACAUGUGGCUUACCACAAGGGGCUGUGAUAGGACCGAGCUUGUUAAUAAUUUAUAUUAAUGAUCCCGGCGAAUACAAACAUAUACAUAUGCGAAAGAGACCGCAGUCGUGUUUAACUGGAAACUAGUAGGGCUUAGUGUAAAGAUCUAUGAAGCCAGGUUUGUCACAUGUAUCUUCGUGAUGUGUGGUGAUAAAAAUCGUCUGAGGAAUUAUAUUACUUUAAAUAUAUAUGAAAUUAGUUAAUGAGGACCCGAUCUCACCUACUAAAAUAUGUUCAUCUUUAAUACUUGUAUUUAACGACGAGCUCCGUGGUGGAGUGGUUUGUACGCCGGAUUUCAAAGUAUCGCCUGCUUGAGAGGUCGGUUCGAGUUACGGUGGCACUCCAGUCAUGAAUGUUUCAUAUGAAUUUCUAUAUAAAUAUACUUAUAUAUGUAUCAGUGUAUAUAUUGUAUCCGUUACCCUAGUAACCCAUAACACAAGCGUACAGUGCUUACUUUGGGGCUAAACUAAGUGUGUGUUAGAAAUAUUAUAUUAUUUACUCAUGUGUGUUUACCUAAAAUUGAAUAGAAUAAGUCACUUUAAGUACGUCUAUAUGUUCAAAUAGAUGAAGCCCUUUCGUAAAAUGAACAAAUCUACUCAUUAUUAUCAUUGCGCACACGAUAGUUGAUAUGGAUUUUUUUUAUCUGUGAAAUGUUCCUAAACCAAAACUCUAGAAUAUAAAUAUUUAUCACUAGCAAAGUAAGAUAAUAGAUUUCAUCUAAUUGCGUUUUUCUUAUGGGAUGGCGCGUGUUAAUCAAGAAUGAUCAAGCUGUAACUGUGCUCCAAGGUCUGUUCUAAAAGUUAUCACGGAAAAACCAUUUCUCUUCUUGUAAACUAAAUAAGGACUGUAUAGUUCUUACUAUUAGAUAAGUAUUCAUCUCAUACUAACGUCAGGCAGCAGACGGGACUCGAACCCGCAAUAGAACUAUAAUUGCUAUUUCUUCUUUCAAAUGUUUAAUAUUUAUCAAAUGUUUGUUUGCCAUUGUGAGUUACCUACAAUGCAAAGAGAUGGCGCUGCCUUGCAGCUAAAGAAAGACUAGAGAAAAUUUGACAAGGCUGUCAGGGCCGCGGUAGCAUAAUGGUCAGUGCAUGCGCCCGGAUAGCGAAGGAUGCGGGUCCAAGUCCCGUUUGCUGCCUGCUCCGCGUGGAUUUUUCUCUAGUAAAAUUUUCUUUAGAUAUUAACACCUAGCAGUUACAUGCUUAAAAAUGAAAAUACAACAAAAGAGUACUUUAAAACGAAAGCUGACGUUUGCAUAUGUAUCUCAGGUAGGGCGGAGUUAUUUUCUUAGACCUAUUUAUAACAAAAUAUUUAUUUUAAUUAAACAAUCAGUCCUGUAAAUUUACUAUAUGAGUUCAGUAUAAAAUAUUCCACAAAAGCAUAACGAUAAAAAUAAUCAUAGUAGCUCAACAAUUUACACAGAAUACAUAUUUAUAUAGUUAUAAUGUCAGAUUGAUAAAGAGUAGUUACCAUCAACAACAGGACAAUUUAUCCAAUAUUGACAUCUUUCUCCAACUGACUCUGAGUCUCAUUCUGAAUAUCAUUUGUUAGUGUGAAAUUCACAAUCAAUUGAGACUCAAUGAUUCGGACAGUGUCAUUGACUAUCAGUGCGUCCUAAUCAUAAAGCAAUACAUUGUUGCAAAUUAUCAUUUAGUAUAUAGGCAACAACAUAUCAAGUGCCAAAUUUUUCAGACGAUUUUGAAGCUCAUAUCUAGUAAGAUGGAGAUCAAAUUCGGUUUAAGAAAAUUGUCAGUAAUGGAUAAUUUUAUGAUAGCGAAUGUACACAUUAUUUUAAAAAGGUGUUGUGAAUCUGAUAAUUUUUGACCUGUGAAUACAUGUCUUUAAAAGAUAGCAAUUGCAAUUUUAUAUAAAUUUCACUCGUUUACACAUUCUGCUCUUUGUGGUUUUUCAAUUACUGCGACAUGGGUGUAAACAUCAAGUUAUUCUUUGUUUUUGCUUUCAUCAAGUGUGUUUUCUGUAAAGAAGCACUAACAGUCCCAUGCAAUCACAACGAUUUAGAGUGCUUUAAAACAAUGGCGCUAUCAAUAUUCAAUCAUACAAGCGCUGGAGCACCAGAGUAUAGCUUGGAACCAAUAGAUCCCUUGGAAAUACAAAAAAUGGAAUACACUGAACCGGCAUCUGAUAUUGUAUUCGAAUUUGAGAACAUCAAGAUAACAGGAUUUAAAAAUCAAAAGUUGGAGGACUUCCAGAUGAACACUGAUACAAAAGCUGUAGCAUAUCGCAUGCGGGUUGAAGUAGAUAUAGCAGCGGACGUGUCAAUAAAACUAAACGAAGCAACCCAAAACCUCUUCGGAACCUAUAAGGCUAAAGCAACCUCUGUCGAAGUUGUAUGGCACUCUUACAGUCUUACUGUAGGCAGUGACGGGAUCGAGCAUUAUACUAUCGGUCCUGAGACCAUCAGCUGUGAGCCUGUUGGAGUACCAGAAGUUAUUAUCGAUUUACAGCAUUCUAAUACUGUUGCAAAAGAUCCAGAUGCAAAUGCGAAAAGAGCUGGUUAUCUUAAAAAAGCAACGGAAAUUAAACAAAAGCCUGUUUGCACAAUUAUUACGGAAGCAUAUAAAUAUGUCUUGGCGCAAUUUCGAACUAUUACUGAUACAGAACCAAAAACAGCAUUCUUUAAAGAUUUAUAAAAAAGGAGAGAAUUUUAUAAUUGCUUUGUUUGGACUUCAAUCAAGACCGAGUUUGAUAUUUAUAAGAAUAACGCUUGGUAUAAUUAAAAUAUAGCAUUUUAAUAAAUAUCUAAUAAUAAACUUAUAAUUUAUAUUA